AUGGAAGCGCUGGGGCUGACGGCGGCGGCGGCCACAGGCGCAGGGGAGCUCUCUGGCGGCGAGCGUAAGCGCCUCUCCAUCGCCCUGGAGCUACUCGACGACCCGCCUGUGAUCUUCCUGGACGAACCCACCACGGCCUUGCAAAUCUCCAUCAAAACCGGUACGAAGCUAUCGCAGUGUCAAUCGCGGUUCCUGUUAGAAGGUGCUGAACUAGAGCGCGCCGCCGUAAUGGUUUCCACCACGUUACAUGGGAAUUACAAGGCCCUGGUCACGUUCCCCUUCGGGCGAGUGAGUAUUGCGGGCUUACUGCGAUGGGAAAUCGGUACCAUCGAGUGUUGUGCAUGCUGA